AUGAUAAAGACCACAACCAGGAAUUUAUUUGGUGGUAAUUGUCGGUCCAGGACUGCAAAAAUUUCGGAAUACAUAAAACUCACCAACAAAUACUGUAUCAAAAUAAGGGCGUGUUCGUAUCAUGCAACAAUAGGUUGUUCCUCUUCAGUGCCAUCAGAAAAAGAUAAAUCAAAUAAUGAAAGGAAUAAUUUUCUGUCAUCACAAAUUCAAGAAAAUAACGACCAAUCAAGUCUUGAAGAUCAUAUCGACAAGUUGGAACACAAAUUAAAAUCAUUACCACAUUUAUUUGUAGAAAAAUUAACUGGAAAUCCGCAAAGUCUGCAAGAGUGGAACGAACGUCUUAAAAUUGGAGCUGAGAAGCUUAAAACACGGCAAGAAUUGCGAAAAACAAAAGGAAGAGGUCACUUGUAUUUUGUCUACUUUUUAGUGUCAUUUGUACCAACCUAUUUGUUUUUAGAAUUUAUGUUGUGGUAUCAAGACAAGAGAAUUGAAAGAAAACUUCGAAUUCUUUCUCAAGGAAUGCAACAUGAAGCUACUUAUGCUCUUUAUAAUUUGUCUCUUUAUGCAGACAAACCUCCCAAAGACAUUCGAGAGAGUCGAGCUCUCAGUAGAGAAAAGUUUUACUCAAACAGAGAGCUGGCCAGAUUGAACUUUGAAAAACUUUCCUAUCAAAAGAAAUUAGUGGAAUUCAGAGAGCAACAUUCAGGUAAAGAAAAAACUGAACGAUAA